AUGUGUUCACAAAUGAAUGAAGUGUUGAUUGAAAUGAAGUGUGAAUUAAGAAAAUUUUGUAAAAUUCGUGAUUUGUCUAAAAGUUUAGACAAAAUGCAGUGUAUUUUGUCACAAAAUGCAAGUGUUUUGUGUGAAGGGAUUGAAUGCGAAAAUGCAGUGAAUUUGUCAAUGAAUUGCAAUUCAAUUGAUUUGAAUUCAUGUAAAAUAAGUGAUAAAAUGCUUUCCAAUCACAACACCAUUCAUACACUCAACACAACAACUGCUAAACAAUUCAAGUGUCCCAUUGAUGACUGCGAUAAGUCCUAUGAAACCAGUGCGCAACUAACCUUGCACAAAAAUAAUACUCAUGUAAUAUUAAGAUUUACGUGCGAUGGGAAUGAAUGUGGCAAACAGUUCACGCGAUUGUCAUCUCUAUAUCGACACAAACGUAGCGCACAUUUGUGUGAAAAGCAAUUCAAGUGUAACCGAAAAAAUUGCGGCAAAAGUUUUGACUUAAAGUCAACUCUAGAUCAACACAAACGGAGCGCACAUUCGUGUGAAAAGGCGUUUGUUUGUCAUUACAAUGAUUGUCACAAAAAGUUUACACAACAAGCUCGUUUGAAUGUACAUAUGAACACGCAUAAAGCAUUUGGCGCCCGUACUGACAAUUAUAGUGAUCGGGGUCAAUAUUUUAAAGUUUCUCAAUUAGCAGAGUCAUUUGAGAAAAGCUAUGCGAUUGUCGGAUGGAGUGGUCGGUGGGGGACAGAGUGCCGGUUAGAGGACCGGGUGCUGGAGUCCCGGUGCUCGCACUUUGUCUCAGUGUUUGAUCCCCCGGACAGGUUAGGGCACCAGUAG